AUUCAAUCAAGCCACCUAGUUAGACACUUUAGAUGGCCGUCAGCUGGGUGAUGGAUGUACUGCUCUUACCAUCUAGGACUCCGGUUCUAGAUGGUCGUGCGGCUGCUGUCUGUACACCCGGAAGUGCGACUACACUCUCCCCGUGAGGGCGGCUGGAAACAGGUCCUUCGGCAAGGUCAUGUCUCUGCCGAGGGACGCUGGCGAAUGGUAGUCGGGCGAAGAGAAGACAACUCUGGAAGAUCACCCCAAUCCAAGGCGGAACAGCCGGCGCCGAAGGAUGUGUGGCCGAGGGGGAACUCGGUCCUGAGCCGGCGAACUCUGCGCACCUGUCGACCCGCAGUUUCAAUCCAGACUUCCUGCGGCAUCUCGGGCUCUGCUGUGGGCGACCUCCCUUCCCGUGCACUCGUGGGAACCAAAUGAAUAGUCAAGAAACAUAUGAGUCCGAUGCCGCUCCAAAGGCAUCCACCAUCCAGCAUUCAGGUCCUGGCUUUGUCCGCCUGAAAAGCAAGCAAAAGAAGCUGCUGCGAAAGGCUCUUCAAGGUGGACUGAGCAGGGAAAAGGCUCUAGCAGUGGUGCAAGCUGUUCCCAUUGCCAAGGGACUACUGCCUGCUCCCUACGGAAUUCAAACUAGCACACCCUAUCCCUACUCCACUUUCGUUAAAUGUGUAAAAAUCGGUGUGGCACCGGAGUCUGCUGGGACUCUGCUGACCGCCGAGGAAAUAAGUAGGAUCAAGGAGGCCAUAGUUGAUGUGACCGUGGAGAAAUCCGGCAGCCAGAAGCCCCAGUUCGAGGGAUGUGUUCCUCGGAGAGGAUGGCUUCUCAUCACCUGCUCCAACCUGUCCACCGAAGAGUGGUUUAAGCAAAACUUCUGCCACAUUCAGGCCAAAGUGGACUUCAAACUGAAGUUAAUGAAGGAGUCAGAACUCCCGAGGAAGAAUGUGGUGCGUGGAUACUUUCCAGACAGCCUGUCCACCAGCAGUAAGAAGGUCCUGGAAAUCAUAGAGGCCCAGAACUCAGUCUCAACGGCAGAAUGGAGGGUUAUGGACCGAUUGAUCCAAGGUGAUUUCUUGCACCUGGUCAUGGCAGUUGACAAUGAGUCACACAAGAAGCUGGCCAAGAUGGGAGGGACCAUCUUCUACCGAUUCGGAAGGUUAAAACUGUAUUCAAAAAGCGCUUCGGAUGGAAAGGCGGGGUUACAUGCCAGAAAACUAACAUCGAACAAAUCACCCUCAAAGGAAUCCUUUGAAAUACCCGCUCCAAGUCAGAUCGCUGGACAAGUUCAAGCUUUGAGAAAUAAUGGUUCAUGGAAUUUAUGCUAUAAUCCGUGGAAUACAUAUCACAAUGCGGGGAAUCAAUGGAACCAACAACCAAACUUCAGGUAUUGUCCACCCUAUCCUAGAGAAGAUCAAGCGCCUGUUUGGCCUGGAUCGGGAGCUUGGAAUGGAUGAGAUAGAGUGUUUAUUGAUCAAGCUUUGUUUUUAAUAUAUGAAGGAACGGGCUCGUCAAGAAAGAAACUUAUACGUCAACUUUAUUGCGGCCCAAAGUCAAUAGAAACCUCUGAAUGGUCAUAGCAACGCGGAUUCAGCUGUUCUGGGUUUUUCGUAUAGCUGCCGGGGGUUCACUUUUCGACUCGGCGACGAUCCCGAUCCCGCCUUGGUAAAUCCGAGCU